GACUGCGCAAAGGAGAGCUUUUCCCAACAGGUGUCUUCAAGAAAUUCCCUCUCUCCGAGCAAAUUCAAACAAACGUCGGAUGGACAGUGCUAAAACUUUUUAUUAGGGCUUGAAUUAGACGAAAACACUUUUUACUGGACCAAAAAAGGUUUGCGCGCUCUUUUGAAGAUUUACGCAUGGAGAAAACACCUUCUGUUGGCUGAUAUCGUUUGCUAUAUAUGGAUACCAGAUGAACGAAUAGGUGUAUUUGAUAUGUUGAUUCGUAACGAAGUGAGCUUUGACGUUUUGUGAUGCUUUGGAUUUUAUGACCCUCUUCAUUUGGGAAUUUCCUCUUCUCCAACAUCUCCUGCGGGAUUGACAUCUAUGACUGACUUCGUUGGGAAUACAGCCAGUGCUUGACAGGGACACUGUUUUUGUGUUUUAAUAAUGAUCAUCAUUUUGAAAUCUCCAAAUUGAUAAAUUGGGCUCAGGUGAAAAGUCGCACACUGAACUGGAUGACGAUGAAGACAGUUUCAUUUAUUAUUGCUGUUUUGAUCAUUUGGAAUUCAGCAGCUUGUGUUAGUGGAUACCAGUUUCUAGACCCCCCUCACACCCCCUGGCCUCUGUACUCCGUGGCAGAGGAGGGCACACGCUUACCCUGUCGAUUCAAUGUAUCAGACAAUGAGGUUCAGGUGGUGCAGGUGAUGUGGAUUCGAGAGAACUCGAAUGGAGAUGAAGAACAGAUUAUCACUGCUCAUUUCAGUGAUGGCCAGACAGAGAACUCUGCAUAUGCAGGGCGUGUGCGGUUCGAGACCAGCGACCCAAUAGCAGACUCUGCUCUGAUAAUUAUGGGCACAAGUUCCUCAGAUGAGGGCAAGUACAUCUGCAAAGUCGCCACCUUCCCCACAGGAAACUUUGAGACUGAGGUUUCUCUCACAAUUUGGACUAAACCCAUCACAUCCCUGGAACCAGUCAUCCUGGUUGAGGGCCAGUCAUUCCGUGUGGCCGCUACAUGCCGUUCGGUGGCUAAGCCAAUGGCAGGCCUCUCCUGGGACACAGACCUGCCAGGUCAGAGCCAGAACAGAAGCUUUGAUGGUGGGGUGGCCUCUAUCCAGUUUUCCCUCCACCCUCUCCGUAGCAUGAAUGGUCAGAAGCUGGACUGCCUGGUCUGGCACCCGUCUCAAAAUGGCCCCCGGAGGAUCAGCAAUAACCUUGUAGUACACUAUCCUCCAAAUGUAUUGAUCUCUGGCUAUGAUGACAACUGGCAUGCUGAAAUGCAAGACGCCACGCUACAAUGUACUGGUCAAGGAAAUCCAAAACCUCACCAAUUCAACUGGACUAGGAAAGGUGAAGGUCUACCAGAAGGUGUGACUGUGGAUGGUGGCAUUCUUCGUUUUAGUAGGCCACUCCUUUUGACAGAUCAAGGAGAUUAUAUCUGCAUUACCACCAAUCAGGUGGGAUCUGGGAAAGUGGAGAUUGCAAUCAAUAUAUCAGAGUCAUCCAAGCAGCAGACAUCAGUUAACCACAUGCUGAUGAUUAUUAUUGGUGGAGUGGCGUCAGUGGUUGUUCUCACUCUUGUCAUAGUGAUCAUUUCCGUAAAUCGACACUAUAAACGCAAAAACCAACAACUGGCCAUAGAGCUGGAUGCAAAAAAGGAAGAAAUCAGCACUCUAUCAAGACAAGCCUCGAUUAGGAGAGUAAACACAGGCAGCGCAGACAACAGAUACUCGGACGAUCAUCCCUUAAGAGUUGAGGGGACGUUGCGCACUAGUCUCUCCUCCCUGGAUCGUCCUCACUCCAGGGAUAGUCGUUCCUCUCUGGGAGGGGUGGACUCCCUCGGCCGUCCUGCACUUCAUAACUCUUCCAGAAGAGGUAGAGACAAAGUUAUGGAGAGAGACAGAGAUGACAGAGAAGCCACUCGAUUGAUGGAGUCUUUUGAAUGGGGCAGUAAUAUGUCACAGGAAACACAACUCCACCCUCCUCUCCACCCCUAUCCCUAUACAAUGGAACCAACUGCUGAAAUUGUCCGAUCUCGGAAUGGCUGUGCCAUUUUCCUUGCAGAUGGGAGACCGCAAUCAGGAGGCAGUAGCAGAGGAGGCAGUCGAGGUCAUCAUUCACCUUUAGUGUCCACAUACCCGACUCUUACUGAUGAAGAGGAGGAAGAUUCUGCUAGCCCUACAGAUGAAGAUUUAGCCAUUCACAGAGGCAUAAUGGAUCCUGACGGUUUUGAAAAUGGCGGCAGCGAGACGGCGAGUUCUCAGAUAUCGGAGGUGCUAUCCAGUCAUUUUGAGCAAAGCAAUGGCAUGCUAUGGCCCAAGUCAAAACCCAAUAACAUCCUGCUCCCCGCCAACAGCACUACCUUGCUCCUCCCUCCCUAUAGCCCAACUAUCCACAAAGCUCAGAUCGUUUAGACUCUAAACUGCAUCGAUUUGUAUUUUUGGGCUCAGUGUUUGGAAAUGUCUUUCAUUAAAAGAAUCUUGAAUUUAUUACAAACACAGUGGAUAUGAAACAGAAGGAUUUGGUCUUCUGUAACUUCACUUUCCAACAGGGGCGUGUCUAGACCCUAGAUAAAGACUUUCAUACACAUUUUUCCAGAACGCUAACCCAAAAGUGGAUGUAUAAAUCAUAUUUUUGCAUAGAGAACAUAACAAAGUGUUAUUUAAAAAAAGUUACUUUUCAUUUAGAUGGUGCUUUUUAUUCAAAUUUAUAAUAUAAACAGUCAUAGCUAUCAACUUUUUGAACUUUUAUGCAAAUACAUUGUAUUGGUGGCAAAAAUGUGGACCAAAUGACUGUGAGGCCAUCAUCUAACUCAUGGUUUCUCAAACCUUUCUGAACUAAGGAGCCCUUUCAUGACCCUAAAGUGUUUGGGGACCCUGGUUAAAUACACAGUCUUCAAACUUUUUUUGCUUUGAAUCUACAUUGUGAUUCUGAGAGCUGGCUGGUUUGGUUCCAGGAUUAUAACUCUUCAUUGAAGAAUAUUUUGAAAUGCCUAUGGAGAAAAUGAACUUUUGUACACAAGGAAUUUUCUGGUUAUUUGCAAUGGACCCCAAGGGUUUAAGAAGCGUUGAUCUAACUGAACUCGGACCGAAAGAACAGUAUCAGCAUUACUUGCAUUGUACCUCAGUUGCAUAAUCCGCAAUGUAUUCUGGAACUGGGCCUCUUGAUUAUUAAGGGGCACACCAUGUGUUUCAGGUACAGAUUAACUGGAGACCACCCGAUCUGAGCUCUCUCAUAUGAACAGGGAUAGGGAAUUAAGAUUUGAUUCGUAUACUGUAUGCAAACGGCUUUGGGAGAAAAACACUACAUGACCUGUUUUCUACAGAGUCUGGGCAGUUAAUCCUUCACUGUGACUUUUGGAUCUUGAUGUUUGUAAUCCAGAGAUGUACAAUUGGUAUUUUGGAAUAUUUUUGCAUAUGUACAUGUUUUGCCACUGAAAGCUACCCAUUAAUGAUUUACAAUUUGCAAUCCCACUGCAUGAAUAGUAUUAUGAAGUAUUACAGAUUGCCUGCAGUACAACUUUUGUGACUGGCUAUUGUCUGUUCACAGAAUUUCAGUGACAUUGUCAUUGUUCACAACAUGUAUACUUCAUUAUGUAAUAGUGCUUUAAACAUAUUUAGUUUGACAACACUUUUGGUGUUACCACAAGUUAGGCUACCACAGGUUCAAACACUGCUGUGACCUCUUUUUAUCUAACAAAAUAUAAUGCCUUGGUCCUGAUGGUAAUUUUGCUGUAUUCAUUUUAUUUGAGUAUAUCAUUUGUUACAACAGUGUGUGGAUGUGGCUUUAACAGCCAGUUAUUAAAUCUACUCUAAAUCUACUGUAUGUAACUAUGUUAGACUAAUUUCUGUAAACACUGGAUAUAAAACUGCAUGGUUUGGCAUUGUUUUGCAGUUGAACAGAGGUAUCUGGGGUGUGGUGACUCCCUUCCAAAUAUUUACAACCUAAUUCACGCUAGCGCCAUCUUUUGAUUUUUAAUGGGAAUGACAACGAGGCUGUGAGGGAUAGAUUUACAGUCUCUUCAAUGGCACGAACGGUACAGUGGUCGAUUUGUAAAACAGUUUCAAAACUUUUCGCUAAGGCUUAUGGGUCAUUGACAAAUAAGUUUGUCUGAAAAGUUAAAAAUAAGAAAUCUUUAUAAAAAAUAUUAAACACUUGUGUUAAGUUCUUAGAAAUGUAAUUUUUUGUGUUCAAUCUGGUCUCAUACAUGUUUGAAAAAACCUUUACAGCAUGUUCUACAAAAACAUUUAACUUUUUUAAAAUGUCAUGUGGUCUAACCAUAGAGUAAAAGGUAAUGUAAUCCUUCCUUUGCACCUUGAAUACAUGAGAGGAAAAACAACUUAAUCUUUAAUUUAUUUUUUUACACAGUUUUCUAGGUAAUAUAUAUAUAUAU